AAAUAAUUUGGUAAUGACUGAAUUCUCAUGCAAUCAGAGUUAGAAAAAGGAAAAUCUUGCAGCAGGAAAGUUAUUCAAAAAUAAUUAUGAACAGAGAAAAUCUGAUCACAGCAGCCACAGCGUUCCUGUCCUCUCAAACUGUAAGGGAUCAUCCUGACGAGACGAAAAGAAAGUUUUUAUCUGACAAAGGUCUUACAAACAAUGAGAUAAUUGCAGCUUUUGCUAAGAGCAGGAAUGCUUCUGAGGAAAAACCACCAAAUUUCAACCUAGUCAUGGAUAAGUGUAUAGAAGAAGUUGGGUCCCCAAAGAACAAGCCUUCCCCAACCCGCCCCUCACCUCCACUUGUAGUGGUUGCUGCUGUGUCUACUGCUGCACUCGGUGUUGUUGUUUAUCUGUAUCGUCUCUUCAGAAGGUACAUGUGGCCGUGGAUUGUAAGACAGUGGAAGUAUGUGGGAGGAGGAGGAGAGGAUGAACCUAAGAAACCUGUUGUUGUAGCUAUGAAGGAGAUUGUGACAUCCCAAAGGUUUAUUUAA